UUUAGCAAAGGGACUGAAUACUUUUUCAAUGUUAUAUUUCAGUUUUUAAUUUUUGGUUAAUUUGCAGACAUAUAGACAUAACAUAUAGACGUAUCUGAUAAUACCAGAUACAAGACUGGUCAUGUGCUUGAUGUUUAUUGACUUAAAUCUCUCACCUAACCCGUUUGGCUGGGAAAUGUAACUUGUCUUUCAGGAGUACUCUGUGGUCUUCAGCUGGAGAUAAUGGACAGGCUUGCCAACUGACCCCAGAAAUGAUCAGUAAGGGUCUUUCACUACUUUGUCGAACAGGCAAUGGACUCUCACAUGCUUUUGUCAGACUGGACCUAAAAGACAAUGGACUGAAUGACAUUGCUGCAAUCAGCACUUUUAUUCACAUACGCUUUCUGGAUCUAACCAACAACCAGCUCGCUGAUCUCUCUCCUCUGGCAUCUCUGACCCAGCUACUCUGGCUGAAGGUUGACAAUAAUGCUGUGGCUUGCUUUGAAGGGCAACCUUUUGCCCAGUUGACCUACCUGCAGUGGUUGAGUAUGGCUGGGAACAAACUAACAGAUGUAAGUGGCCUAGUUGGGUCUGCCCUGGAGAGCCUCAUUCUAGCAGGUAAUGGUAUUCAGAGACUGAAUGGACUACAGAGUGGCUGUUUUGCCAACUUGAUGACUCUAGAGCUAAGAGGAAACCACCUUAAUACCACAAAUGAAAUCAACCUUCCUAACCUGAAGCAUUUAUAUCUGGCUCAAAAUGGUAUAAAACAUCUGGAGGGUUUAGAGAGAUUAGAGCACCUCAUCACACUUCACCUGCGAGACAACCAGCUGGAUACUCUGGAGGGCCUGAGCUCCAACAUGAGGUGUCUCAAAUACCUAAAUGUCAGAGGAAAUGCAAUCUUAGACCAAAAAGCCAUUCAAGCUGUCGGGUGUGUGUCAAAAACUCUUAAAGCUUUGGUCCUUUCUGAGAACCCUCUAGUGGAAACCACAGACUACCGUCUGAGCGUACUCAUUCUCCUGCCACAGCUGGAACGACUUGACAAAGAGCUAGUCUCCUCUGAGGAGAGGACUGAGGCCUUAGAGAGAAUAAAGGAACUUAAAGAAGAGGAAAUACCAGGACUGUGACAUUUGUAAUGAUGACCAAGAUGAGGAAAUAGUUGACUUCCUUGAAAAGUCAAGAUUGGUGCGACUGUGUUGCAAGAAAAGUCAUUGCUAUAGGUAAAAUGUAUUUUACAUGAUUGGUCUCAUGUACCUUUACUCUAAUUUUCAGAUGG